AUGACUUCUGUAGAGGAGAUAAGCAAUGAGAAAGAAAAGCAAGUGGUCACUCAACAGGAGACCGAAUUAGAAGGAAAAAUAGCAGUUGCAAACCUUGAUAGACCACCCGUUACAGUUAGUGAUGUACUUUCGGGAACAGUUGUUUUGCCUCCUGCGCUUGGAACCUCUGUGAAAU